AUGACAACUCCGAGAACCGCUACCUCAGAAACUCUUUUCUCGCUGGCACAUGGCUGCGAGGUGAUGAUCCCUGUGGAGGUGGGAACUGGUUCACUUCAGAGAGACCUGUUUGAUGAAACAGACAAUGAGGCGCUUAUGAGCGCAUGUCUGGAUUUAGUUGAAGAAUAUCGCAGCAAGGCUCAGCUAAGGAUAACAGCCUACCAACAGCACACGAAAAGAUUCUUCGACUCUAAGGUUAGAAGAAGAGACUUCCAUGUCGGCAAUCUUGUUAUGAAAGAAGUCCUUGUUGGUACACGAGAACCAAGUGCGGGAUUAUUGGGGCCGAAUUGGGAAGGCCCAUACCGCAUUGCUAAACUUUUGGAAUCUCCUCUGCUGUGGCUAUUGAUAGAAUCUCCUAAGAGGGACCUUCUGGGUCAUCCUGUACCAACGAGCUCAUUCCCUCAUCUGUCUUGGCUGCUGAAGGGUCCAUUUCUUCUGCGGUCUAAAAAAGAGCGACAUGCAGGAAUUGCUCAGUCGUCGUACACAAUUUCGUACGAUGACGUGGAAGAAAAAGUUAGAGCACACAUCAACAUGUUGUACAACAACAAAUCCUUUAUCUUUUUCAUUCUCACUUCUCUUCUUCUCUCAUCCCAUCUUCUUCAUUUUAUAUCUGCUUAUGCUUCUCAACAUGAAGACCAUGAAACUCCAUUCUCCUACAGUGAAGGAACUGGUAAAGGGCCAAAGAGCUGGGGCAACAUCAACCCAAAUUGGCGAACUUGCGGGAAUGGAAAAAUGCAGUCUCCCAUUGACCUUGUUGGCAAAAGUUUGCUAGUUUCAGCUACUCUAGGCAAACUAAAAAGGGACUACAAUCCGGCUUCUGCUGUUUUGCAGAAAGGACAUUUCAUUUCAGUAAAAUGGAAAGGAGAUGCAGGACAAAUUAACAUAAAUGGAACUUACUAUAAACUAGUUCAGUGUCACUGGCAUACCCCGUCUGAGCAUACUUUUAAUGGAUCUAGGUAUGAGUUGGAACUUCAUAUGGUUCAUGUAAGUUCUGAUAACAAGAAAGCUGUUAUCGGAAUUGUGUAUGAAUAUGGCCAUCCUGAUCCUUUCCUUUCAAGGCUUUUCCCCUACAUAAAAUCACUAGGGGGGAAAGAAAAAGAAAUUAGAAAUGUUAAUCCCGGAGAUGUCAAAUUCGGUAGUCGGAAAUACUACAGAUAUAUAGGUUCACUCUCGACUCCUCCUUGCACCGAGGGCGUGAUUUGGACGAUAGUGAACAAGGUGAGGACAGUUUCAAGGGAGCAAGUAAGAGCAUUGAAGGAAAAGGUUGAAGAUGGAUUUGUGGAAAAUGCAAGGCCAACCCAGCAACUGAAAGGAAGAGCAAUUUGGUUCUAUAGUCCAUGAGAAAAUUGCUGAGAGGUUACUAUUCAUUGAUUUUAAUGAAGACAGGAAGAGAGUGUAAUUCACUUCCAUUAUUACUGCCUAAAUUUGGUUGGUUUUCUUUAUGUGUUCAUCCUAUGCAUUGUGAUGUUUAAACUAAAUCAGCAAACAAAGAGUUAUUUUUAAA